CGUAUACGCGCGUAUACAUGUUUCUGCCGGAUGAACACAGUAUACGCGAAUGAGUAACGCUGUACGCAUUGCGAUGCAUUGGUUUCCUAGCUGUGCGUUCAACAGUUUAUGCACAACCAUCGCUAACGCCGUUCACCGGCAAACGUAAGAACUAAUCUGUACCCCUUCCAUCCUCUGGUCAUCUUAUCCACGUUUCUAUCAAUAUUAUGUGUACAUACUUGCAGACAUAUUACGCUACCUAGUGCGUACUUACACCUUUAGGCACAUGUGAUUAAUCGAACGUUUAGGAAUGUAUUUUGGACGUACGAGUUGUAUACGAUGACUCAUUUUAUGUCAAUAUUAAAAACAAUUCAAAGAAAACGCAUAAACUGACAUGAACAACUCAGCGAUCGCAUCCGUACCGUACAAGAUACGAACCUGCAUUUUUCGUUGAUUUUAUAUUAAUCAUUAUCGUAUACAUAAAUAGAUUAAUGAAAAGAAACUAUGCGUUAUUGUUCAUUAUUAGAGAUUAUGUAGUAUACAUAAGUAUAUUACGACACAUUUAUUCGGGCAUAACAUAAAGUUUCUUCUUAUACGGUGCGAGCAUCGAGGGGUUUAUCGUUACCGACUACAUAUGCAACUACAUAAUAAUACGUGGAUACAAGUUUAAGUGGUUACGUUUAUAAACGCAAUCAACUAUACGGAACUGAAGAAACAGGCCUACGUGAUCACGAUAUACAUAUUGCACAUCGUUGUUAAAUGAAAGAAAAAUUCUCUUUAUUCGAAGGUAUGCAAAUUGCUCGGUGGUACUCAACAUGAAUCAAAAUCAUCGAGAAACGAUAGAUUUUUACUGCGAACAUAUAGUAUCUAGGAUCAAUUUAAACACCUUAUGGCCAAAAUUAUUGGAAAAUAAAAUUUUUAAUAGAGACGAUGUAAACGUACCACGUUGGAAGGAGAAUCUUACGGACAAAUCAACCGUACGAGAGAUAUACUUGACAAUUAAAACAAGAGGGCCGUACGCGUUCAACCGUUUCGUCGCGAGUCUAAAACAAAGCGGACACGAGAGUUUGGCUGAUAUCUUGGAAGGAAGAAAAUCUUCGUUUCCGGAUAACGAAGGAAACGUUAACGAGGAAAACGUUAUAAACAAAGGGGCUGUUGGUCAAAGAAAUUUUCGAUGUAAUACAGAAAGGGUACCAGACAAUUUUUUUUAUGAUAUACAAUUGUCAAACAUUCCUUUACAAAUUCAAGUACGGAAGGCUACAGAAUUUUUGGACGGACCUGUCUAUGAAAAUGUUGAAAGAUACCCGAUGCGAAGUAAACCUCGUGGACUGGUUUUAAUAAUUACAAACAUUCAUUACAAGUAUUCUCAUAAAGAAGCUAGAAGUUCGGCAGCCCACGACGAAGAGAAUAUCAAACAUCUUUUCGAAGAAAUGGGCUUUCAAGUCGUUUCUCAUUUUAAUUUAACAAAAGAGCAAUUUGUGGAAAAAGUCAGAGAGUUUUCCCAACAAAAACAUUUAAGGAAAGUUGAUUCUUGCUUCGUUAUCAUUAGUAGCCACGGUAACGUAAAUUCCCAAUACGAGGUCACCGAAAUCGAAUGUGUGGAUAAUAAUCCUGAGAGCGAUCUACAAAAUGCCAAAACCGUUUUAUGCAAGGAUAUUUUGGAAUACUUUACCGCGGAGGCAUGUCCUCGACUUGCCGGAAAACCAAAAGUCUUUAUUUUUCAAUUAUGCAGAGGGGAGAAAAUACAGAAAUCCGUGAAAGAACCGCGGCACACAACAGAUAUUAGUAAUUUUCAUUCGAUCGACGAAAUGAUCAGUCCUAAAGUGAAUUGUAACGAGACGAUAAGAAAUUACGAGGAUAUAAUAGUAGCCCAGGCUACUCUUCCGGGAUACGUCGCCUUUCGAGAUAAAAUAACUGGCAGUUGGUUCAUCCAAAUUUUGUGCGAAGUAUUUAUGAAUUAUGCGUGGCAAUCUCAUCUUCAGGACUUAUUCACUAUGGUGGACGCGCGACUAAAAAUACAGAGAACGACAAAGGAGGAGUGUCAGACUUUGACGGUAACAUUAAUAGGAUUCAACAAACAUUGCUUCCUAAACCCGGGCCUUUUCGAAGAAACAUAGUUGAAAGCGUUCGUGAUCGAGUAGCCGUUGAAACACAUUUACAAAUCGAUUAUUUUUCUAUUCGCUUAUCACGAAACAUCGAUAGAAUCCGAUAAUCUAAAGAUUCAUCGAUCGAGUUAGAAUUACACCCCUUUUAUAUUUUUUUAUUAGAUUUUAUAAAAUGAAUCGACAAAUAUAUUUAUAAAUUCGUAUACGCAAUCUGCAGAUAAUUCUUAUAAAUCCGCAUGCAAGAAAUCGUUUGUUUUUGUUAAAAACCGAUACGAUAUAGUCGUACAUGUACGAUGGAUGCCGUCAUGGGGAAUAGAUUAGUCUUUAACAGAAUUAAGCAAAGCGUGCACGUUGCUGCUGAAGAAGUUGAAGAAAAAUGUUGCUGUUGGUGAGUAGAAAUACCGAUAAGAAUUCAAUCGGAAAACCAUCCAACAUUUAGAUGUAUACGGAUGUUAUCGAAUUAUUUUUGGUACCACAACCACAUAAUCCUAAUUGAUGGGUGUUUGAAAUUAAAAACAUCUACAAUUUUUCUCGUGAAUCCUUAUCAUUUAUGUUGUAAUGAUUUUACAGAUGCAAAUUACAAAUUACAUGCUUAACUAUAUUCCAAUAAAUCAGUUAGACGAAAGCA